AAGGGCGGGAAGGGGCUGGGCAAGGGGGGCGCCAAGCGGCACCGCAAGGUGCUGCGCGACAACAUCCAGGGCAUCACGAAGCCGGCCAUCCGGCGCCUGGCCCGCCGCGGCGGCGUGAAGCGCAUCUCGGGGCUGAUCUACGAGGAGACGCGCGGCGUGCUGAAGGUGUUUCUGGAGAACGUGAUCCGCGACGCCGUGACCUACACGGAGCACGCCAAGAGGAAGACGGUGACGGCCAUGGACGUGGUGUACGCCCUCAAGCGCCAGGGACGCACCCUCUACGGCUUCG